UUGCAGAAGGCAAGUAGUAACAAAAACGCAACUGUCGACUAAGCUCAGCAGCGCUCAGCAGAACGACUUUUCCAAUUACAUUUCAAAAAGUUUAUUACCGUAAAAAAUAAUAUGAUUAAACUUUUAAUUUUGUACGCAUGUGCACUAGCGUGUGUCAGUUCCUGCUACGGAAAUGCUGUUCCUCUAAAAGAAGAAAAUACACUUCUUCCACUUUGUGGAGGAUACAUGUUUGUUGACGACGAGGUCGUGAUUGACGGUCCGUUUAACGAAAAUUGUAUUUUGCAAUUCGAAACACAAGAGGACCGCAUUCUGGCAUUCUCCGUCCUUGAUGGGGACAUGAAAGAUGCCCUACAAUUUUUGAACAUUCAUGACGGUUUCGGCAUUGAUUCUCCCAUUCUCAAAGUUGAAAAUCAGAUCGUUCACAAAGUCUCAAGGAAGGACAGACCGACUAUCUUGUACACUAAAAAUUCGGAAGCUAUUGUCAGAUUCACAAAAACUCCAACAGAUUCAAAUUUUCAGCUUAUGAUUCAAAAAGCUGUAGAUUGCCCGCUCGGAAUCGGAGACAACACCCAAUGUGGUUCAGUAGUUGACGAUGUAUCGUGCCACUGUGCUGUUUUCAAUACUAAAAGUUUUACGGACAUGACAAUGUAUUGUCUUGAUUACAAGAUGAAAUUGGUUAUCUUUGAAAAUCGAACCGAAGAAGAAAUUAUUCAAAAAACUUGGGGCACCCAAUAUGCAUAUUGGACAUCAUUGACCGAUGCGCGACGCGAUGGGACUUGGGUGUGGGAGAGCACCAUGUCGGUACUGAGUGCUGGGAAUUACACCAAUUGGUUUCCUGGCAGACCCAGUCGUGUAGCUAACAACGUCGAUGACUGCAUGUUGUAUGGCGGCGCAACUUAUUUGAAUUUCUGGGGCGACAUCGACUGCGCUACGCUGGCUCGUGGCAUCUGCGAAGUGAAACCUUAAUUUGCGGGUACUCAAGUUUGUUGGCAUACCCACACGCGCUUCCUUUUUAUUAGCUUUCAUUAUUUCUUUAGUACAUGUCCCUUGCAAUUUUACUAAUGGUUAUCUUGCUGUCUAGUGUCUAUGAAGCACAGCCUCGAUUGAAAGCGUUACGGUGGUUUCGGCAAAACUUUAUUGAAAGAAUUCGGCAAAAGUGGAUUCGGCAAUUGCCGAAACAACUUUUAAAUUGCCGAAUCCACCAUCGCAUUUUUUCUACUCCCCUCCAACUUAAACUAUUAAAAACAGCAAAAUGCUGGUACGUUGGCGGCACAUUUAAGCUCGUCAAAGUGCCAUUCGCACAACUGUCCCUAUUUGUUGGUACUGAUUGGUAUUUGGUAGCGUCUAAUGAUGCUGCCCAUUCAAAUUAAUUUAGCAAAACAUCUAAAAAAAAGUGUAUACUGGAAUGCUGCACUAGUGAAAUAAAUACAAAUUCAAUACA